AUGAACAAUAAUUUAGAGGCGUCGGCGUCGAAGCCGACUCGAACCACACCCGCUCUGUUCACCCAAACCGCGUUCCUCCCCAAGCUAGCCAUACCGGAACCGUCGAAGCCGACUCGAACCACACCCGCUCUGUUCACCCAAACUGCGUUCCUCCCCAAGCUAGCCAUACCGGAACGUGUGAGAACCGCAGUCCCUGCGCCCUCAGGGAACUGUUUCAAGUGUGGCAAGCCCGCCCAUUUCCAGGACAAAUGCCCGCUCAAUGCUACUGUCAAGGAAAUCGACCGUAACGACCCCGAGGCAGAAGAACAAUGGGAAGAAGCCGUUAUUUAUAUUUAUGGCUACGGACAUAGACUAUGA